AUGUUUGGAAUUCACAGCAAUAAAUUCUUGAGAGCUUCUAAUUCAAGCUUUACUAGAUCUUUAAUUACAAGACCUUCUCAUGGAAUGGGAUCUGCUGCGAUUGGAAAUGCCUUUAACGAAAUUCCCAAAUAUGAUAUCACAAGAUACAAUCAAAAAACUGCACCUUUAAUGCAAUUUAGCAGACGCUUCUUUAACACCCAUACUCCAGUCCCUGCUAGUAAAGGAAUCAAGCCAUGGAACAUUCAUUACAUCACAACACCAAUGACUUUUAGACAUGGGAAGACAUUACUUUAUAACCACAAGUUUAACGUAGUUCUUGAAGUUAGAAAUGGUCUUAAAAGAUUUGGAGGUUUUGCCUUCUUUGCUUACCUAGCUUACCAAAUGAUGUUCUGAUCCUAUAAUAUCAUAAUCAAGUCGCUAUUAACUCCGAUCUUAUUAUAUUCAAGUUAUUGGAACAUGGGACCAUUGUUUGUAAGCCUCUGAAGAGCGUAUAUCUCUGUUAAAGUAAUCUUUAUGGAUGAAGACGGAGAGCAUAUUUACAUUACAACUCAAUUAGGAGUGAGGAAAUUCCCUAUUUCAGGAAUCAAACCAAUCAAGAAAUUUAGAGCUUAUCGCAAAGCUAUUAGAUGGGCCGAUGAAGUCAAGAAGAGAGUUGUACCGAUUGAAGCAACAACCAAGGAUGGGAAAUCUUUUGUCUAUUAUCUGGAUAAAGAAGGUACUUAUUACAACAUGGAAGUGAUGAAAGCUAUCUUGGCUAACACAGGGGUCGAGAAUGUCAAGUACUGGAAUCCAGAGACAGGAAAUUAUGAGUAUCCUAACAUUUCGGAAGGAGAAUUUAAAGGAAUUGCUAAAAUCGCUACACUUCCUUAUACUGACACUGUUGCUCAAGAACUUUAAUAAUAUGU